GCCUCACACCAACCGCCGAGCGAUCCAAACCCCUCUGAAAAGGCUCCCUCCACCCCACCGUCGAAAAACGAAGCCGUAUCCAACGCUCUCGCUCAGAUACCCUCCUCUCAAAACACCCUCAUCACGCCGGUCUAUAUACCAGAAGACCCGCAUGCAAUCCUUAAGGAAACACAUUCUGUAAUGCGUCUUCUUGAUAAUUCCGCUAUCGUGGUCCAGCGCCAACUGGAAAUGAUGAAUGUACUCAUGGGCUUUGAGCAGGCGAACCGGUACAUUAUCAUGGAUCCACAUGGCAAUCACAUUGGCUAUCUUGCUGAACAAGAUCAUGGGAUAGGCUCGGCACUCAAACGGCAAAUGUUCAGGACCCACCGAAGUUUCACAACACACGUUUUCGACAGGGAAGAGAAGGAGGUGCUAAGAUUCCACCGGCCGUUCAGUUUCAUCAAUUCGCAGAUACGGGUGUAUGAUGCAGCUCCGGAGAACCAGGGAGGUCAUUACACGCAUUCGGCAGUGAUACAAGGGGCAAGUGCACAGAGUGUGCUUACGCAGACUAGCGCAAGCGUGUCUAGCAUUCCGCUGAACGAGAUGAGAAUCAUCGGGUCUGCUGAGCAGGAGUGGGGACUUCUAAGGAGAAAGUACAACCUCUUCCUAGCCCGGGAUCUGGACGAAACCCCAGCUGCGCCUGGCACGCCGCAAAUUGCAUCCGGCGAUCUACCAUUGUCGAACUCCAAAGCCCUUCAGGUUGUAGAGGGUGACCAACGGCAACCAGGAAUGAUGCAGUUUGCACGUGUCGACGAACCUUUCCUAUCCUGGGACUUCUCUCUGAUGUCCGAAGACGGGCGCCGGAUUGGCUCCGUGAACAGGAACUUCUCGGGCUUCGCCAGGGAACUAUUCACCGACACUGGAGUCUACGCACUCCGGAUGGACGCUGCUGCGCUCAGCACGGAAGGGCAGCAAGCAACCGCUCAGAACGAUAACCAGCUACAAACUGCGUCGGAGAAUCAUCCUGGAAUGACACUGGAUCAGCGUGCCGUCAUGCUUGCCACAGCAGUCAGCAUCGACUUCGACUACUUCAGUCGUCAUAGCGGCGCAGGCGGCGGCAUGGGUUUCUUCCCACUCUGGUUCCCUGGAAUGGGAGGUGGAGGAGUCGCUGCUGGAGAAGCUGGUGCUGCCGGAGCCGCCGGUGCAGCAGGUGAGGCCGGUAUUGCGAGCGAGGCUGGAGCAGCGGCCAGAGGCCUAGGCGCAGCUGAGGGAGUAACUGGUGCUGCUGCCGGGGCUGGCACAAUGGCAGCUUACGACGCUAUGCAGAGAUCCAGAGGCGAUUCCCAGUCACCGCAAGCUACCGAUCCCUACGAGCAGCCGCUCGAUCAGCAACAACCUGACCAAGGUGAAGAGAUAUGGGGAGAAAGUCAGAGUUCGGGCACUAGAGCACCAGACGACCCGUUUGGCUGGUGGGGUGGCGGGGAGGGACAGUCACAGGAGGGGGAAUCAGAGGGCGGGUUCUGG